ACCGUCUCCAUCUCCCCCACCAAGCUGGAUCCUGCUUCCCCCAACAUCCUCCUCCUCUGCACCGCGAGGGGCUUCUACCCCGUGGAGAUCGAGAUCCGGUGGCUGAAGAACAGGCAGCCGGAGGAGGAGGGCGUGGCCUUCGGGGAGGAGCUCCAGAACGGAGACUGGACCUACCAGCUCCAGGUGAUGCUGGAGACCCAGCCCCAGCGGGGGGAUGUCUACGCCUGCCAGGUGGAGCAUGCCAGCCUGGAGGCCCCAAUCACCGUCCAAUGGGAGCCCCGAUCCUCCAACUCUGCCAAGAGCAAACUCUGGACGGGGAUUGUGGCAGCCGUGAUCGGGGUGAUCUUCUUUGCCAUGGGGCUCUUCCUCUACCUGAAGAGCAAGACAGGU